AUGAGGUUUGCAGAGAGAAACUUGGUUGCAUAUGCAGUGGUGCUGCUUGUCUUUGCAGCCUUCCUCACAGGAUUUGGAGCCGAAGCAUUGUCUUAUGAUUAUACGGCCACUACUGAGUGCUUGCCUAUCCCACACAAGCCUCAGUAUAAUGGAGGAAUAAUAAAGAACCCGGAGUUCAACGAUGGCCUGAAGGGAUGGUCCAAGUCUGGGAACCCGAAGCUCGAGCACAGACGCAUCGAGGGCAAUGAGUUCAUUGUAGCACAUACAAGGAAUCAACCAUAUGACAGCGUGUCACAGAAGAUCUACCUGCAGAAGGAUAAGCUUUACCCUUUCUCUGCUUGGAUACAGGUUAGUGAGGGAAAGAUCCCAGUACGAGCUGUUUUCAAGAUGAGCACUGGCUUCAAGCAUGCUGGUACCGUUAUGGCCCAAUCAAAGUGCUGGUCCAUGAUCAAGGGCGGCCUCACAGCAGAUGAAUCGGGCCCCGCGGAGCUUUACUUCGAGGCCGAAAAUGUUUCUGCUGCGAUUUGGGUCGAUAGCAUCUCCCUGCAGCCGUUCACACAAGAAGAAUGGAAGUCCCACCAACUGCAAAGCAUCGAAAAAACAAGGAAGACGAGGGUCAGAAUCAGCGUGCUAGACAAGCAAAACAAGCCGAUCCCUAACGCCAAUAUCACCAUCAAGCAAAAGAAGCGGAGCUUCCCAUUCGGUUGUGCCAUCAACAAGAACAUCCUCACAAAUACGGCCUACCAAAACUGGUUCACGUCUAGGUUUGGAGUCACGGUAUUCGAGAAUGAGAUGAAGUGGUACAGCACCGAGUACACCCAGGGCAAAGAGAACUAUUCAGUCGCAGAUGCUAUGCUUCAGUUCACCGAACAGCAUUCCAUCUCUGUCCGGGGACACAAUGUCCUGUGGGACGAUCCAAGAUACCAGCCAGGUUGGGUCCCUAAACUCCCAGCGGACCAACUCUCUCAGGCUGUUACUAGGAGGGUUAACUCUAUCAUGCGCCGCUACAAAGGCCGGGUUAUCGGGUGGGACGUUGUGAACGAGAAUUUGCACUUCUCAUUAUUUGAGAGCAAGCUCGGGCCGACAGCUUCCGCAGCUGUUUAUGAGACUGCUAAGGCUAUUGACGGGAGCACAUCUCUGUUCUUGAAUGAAUACAACACCAUUGAAGACAGCCGGGAUAGUGCGUCUACCCCUGCUAAGUACAUCCAAAAGAUUAAUGAUAUUCAAGCCUACAACAGAGACCAUAAGAAUCUAGCCAUCGGGCUCGAGGGCCAUUUCACCAGCCUUGACCUUGCUUACAUGAGAUCAGCCAUUGACACGCUUGGAUCCCUAGGACUGCCCAUUUGGCUCACGGAAGUGGACGUCGGGGGCAGCUCACCAGCCCAGGCAGAUAUGUUGGAGCAAUUACUGAGGGAGGCGCAUUCUCAUCCCAAGGUCAAUGGGAUCGUGAUAUGGUCGGCGUGGAAGCCUCAGGGAUGUUACAGGAUGUGCCUGACUGAUAACAACUUCAAAAACUUGCCCACGGGGAACGUCGUGGACAAACUGCUGAAGGAAUGGGGUGCAGCACCGUUGUCAGGCACGACUGACUCGGAAGGCUUCGUCGAGGCCUCCCUCUUUCGUGGAAAGUACCAGGUGAAAAUCAAUCAUCCUGGAAUAGAAAAUCUGUCUCGUACCGAAAGCUUUGAGGUUGCUCCAGUUGAGGAGUCUCGAGAGAGAUUGGUUCUGAGCAUUUUGGUCUGA